AUGGCUUCAACAGUACCGCCAAUUGCGAGCGGGUCUUCCGAGAUCCCGGCGCGAUAUGCUCUGCCAGAGUUCCCGGCGGUCGCUUCCGCCAACCCCGAUAGGGAACCCAUGGAUGCGUUCCGCUUGGCAGUAGCCAAGCUGAUCUCGGAUGCAUGGCAGGAGCCGCUGGAGAAGAUCUUCAAUGGUGUCGACACUGGGAAGAAAGGCGUUGAUCUGGCUCUUGCUGUUGUUCGGUUCAAGAAGGGAGACCUGGAGAGCUAUGCUCGUCAAGUCACAGACUCUUUCCAACCCAAUGCGGCGAUAUCCGCGGUCGUCUGGCAGAAGCCCUUCCUCAACUUUACCCUUAAUAAGGAGUCUUUCGCAUACCAUGUUCUUCGCCAAAUCUCCUCCUCCGCCCUCGCCGCCCGUCAGAACCCGUCAUCGUUCACCGAGGCCUACGGUACCGCCAACCUCUACCCCGGCAAGCACAUGCUCGUCGACUUCUCCUCGCCAAAUAUCGCCAAGCCUUUCCAUGCUGGACAUCUCCGGUCGACCAUCAUUGGCGCGGUCAUUGCCAAUCUGCACGAAGCGAUGGGGUGGAAGGUCACUCGCUUGAACUACCUGGGAGACUGGGGAACCCAGUAUGGGUUGCUGAGUCUCGGAUUCGAUCAGUUUGGAGAUGAAGAGAAGUUGAAGGAGAACCCUAUCAUGCACCUCUUUAACGUCUACGUCAAGAUCAACCAGGCGAACACCGAGGAGAAGGCAAAGUUCAACGCUGGCGAGAUCACCGAUGAAGCAUCAACUAUACACGCGCGGGCAAAGCAGGUCUUCAAGGACAUGGAGGACGGCGAACCAAAAGCUCUGGCACAGUGGAGCCGAUUCCGCGAUCUGUCCAUCAAGAAGCUCGAGGAGGUCUACCGCAAACUCAACAUCCACUUUGAUGUCUACUGGGGAGAAAGUCAGGUCAACAAGGAGAGCAUGGAGCGGGCGGUCAGGAUUUGUAAGGAGAAGGGGUUGACCUGCACGGAUCGCGGAGCGCUGUUGGUGGAUUUGACAGAGUACAAGCUGGAGCGGGCUAUCAUCACCAAGGGCGACGGUACAUCAAUCUAUCUGACUCGAGAUCUCGGAGGGGCGUUCGACAAGUGGAACAAGUACAAGUUCGACAAGCACAUCUAUGUCGUGCAGGCGGCUCAAUCAUUACACUUCAAGCAGCUGUAUAAGACGCUGGAGUUGAUGGGCGAGGAGUAUGCCGGGCGAUUCGAGCAUAUCUCUUUCGGUCUCGUCAACGGCAUGUCGACCCGACGAGGAACAGUCAAGUUCCUCGACGAUAUCUUGGACGAAGCGACCGAUGUCAUGCACGAGCAGAUGCGGAGCAACGAGGUCAAAUACGCUCAGGUCGAGAACCCGGAACUCACCAGCGAGAUCAUCGGGUCUACUGCGGUCAAGAUCCAGGACAUGUCUGGUAAACGUAUCAACGACUACAACUUUGACAUCCGCCGAUGUACCUCCUUCGAAGGCGAUUUCGGACCCUUCAUCCAGUACUCGCACGUCCGUCUCUCCUCUAUCGAGCGCAAAAACCCCAACGUCCCCAUCGCUGCAUCAGUGGACGAGAUCGACCUGUCCAUCCUGAACGACCCCAAGGUCAACGAUAUCAUGUACCACCUCGCCCUGUACCCCACCGCCGUCCGGAACGCGUACACAUACUCGGAACCGAGCACGCUCGUCAACUGGUGUUUCCGGAUCUCGCAUCUGGUUGGGUCGGCAUGGGAGAGCGUCAAGGUAUCGGGUGCGAGCGAGGAGGAGCAGCGGGCGCGUCUCUUCUUCUAUGUCCAGAUCAGGGAGGUGUUGGCGAGCGCCAUGAAGUUGUUGAGUUUGACGCCGAUCGAGCGGAUGUAG